GCAGUAAGCUUACUGUUUUCAGAUAGCAUUAGCAGCAUCAGUGAUAUAGCUGUUUCAGUCUCCUUGAAUACUGGAUGCCUUUGAUCGCACAGAGGAAACUAUAUUUAAGAUCUAAUUUCUUGAUGGCAAUGACUUCAGCAGUUAUUGAUGGGCAGAUCGGCUGUUGAUGCUUUCUUCACUAGCCUACAAGAUGCUGACAGAGAGAUGGCUAUGUAAUGUUCUUUUAUAAGAUAGGAAAUGGAAUAUUUGGGGGUUUCUGGAAAUAGGAAGGUCAUGCAGCUUGGAACCGGUGAGCCAUUCCAAUCUAUAAGUCAUCAGAGAAAUGAUGAAGAAGCUGUCGUGGACAGAGGUGGCACUCGUUCCAUUCUCAAAACGCAUUUUGAAAAGGAAGACUUGGAAGGUCACCGAACAUUGUUCAUUGGAGUUCACGUACCGCUGGGUGGAAGAAAAAGUCACCGACGCCAUAGACACCGUGGACACAAACACAGAAAGAGAGACCGGGAACGAGAUUCAGGAUUAGAGGAUGGGAGAGAUUCUCCUCCUUUUGACACCCCAUCACAAAGGGUACAGUUUAUUCUUGGAACAGAGGAUGAUGAUGAGGAACACAUUCCUCAUGACCUCUUUACUGAACUUGAUGAAAUUUGCUGCCGUGAAGGAGAGGACGCUGAAUGGAGAGAGACAGCAAGAUGGUUGAAGUUUGAAGAAGAUGUAGAGGAUGGUGGAGAGAGAUGGAGCAAACCAUACGUUGCCACUCUGUCACUUCAUAGCUUGUUUGAGCUGAGAAGUUGUAUCCUGAAUGGUACAGUUCUACUGGACAUGAGAGCUAAUUCUUUAGAAGAAAUUGCAGAUAUGAUUCUUGACCAACAAGUGGGCUCAGGGCAGCUCAGCGAAGAUGUUCGUCACAGAGUACAUGAAGCUUUACUGAAGCAGCACCACCAUCAGAAUCAGAAGAAGUUAAGCAACAGGAUUCCAAUUGUCAGAUCCUUUGCUGAUAUUGGCAAGAAACAGUCUGAGCCUCAUUCCAUGGACAAAAAUGCAGGUCAGAUUGUUUCCCCACAGUCUGCUCCCGCCUGUGUUGAAAAUAAAAAUGACGUGAGCAGAGAAAACAGCACUGUUGACUUUAGCAAGGUUGACCUACACUUUAUGAAAAAGAUACCUCCUGGAGCUGAAGCGUCAAAUAUUUUAGUUGGUGAACUAGAGUUUUUGGAUCGUGCCGUAGUUGCUUUUGUUAGAUUGUCCCCUGCAGUAUUGCUUUCAGGACUAGCUGAAGUUCCAAUUCCAACAAGAUUUUUGUUUAUUCUUCUGGGACCACUAGGGAAGGGCCAACAGUACCAUGAGAUUGGAAGAUCAAUUGCAACACUAAUGACAGAUGAGGUAUUCCAUGAUGUUGCUUAUAAAGCUAAAGAUCGUAAUGACUUGGUUUCUGGAAUAGAUGAGUUUCUUGAUCAGGUUACAGUUCUCCCUCCCGGAGAAUGGGACCCAACAAUUCGAAUAGAGCCACCCAAAAAUGUUCCUUCUCAGGAGAAGCGCAAGAUCCCAGGAGUGCCAAAUGGAACAGCAGCUCUCGGGGACCCGGUACCACUUGGAGGACACAGUGGACCAGAAUUGCAACGGACUGGAAAGUUUUUUGGGGGAUUGAUUUUAGAUAUCAAAAGAAAAGUUCCCUUCUUCUGGAGUGACUUCAGGGAUGCUUUCAGUCUGCAGUGUCUAGCAUCAUUUUUAUUUCUCUACUGUGCUUGUAUGUCUCCUGUCAUCACGUUUGGCGGUCUGCUGGGAGAAGCAACUGAAGGUCGUAUAAGUGCAAUAGAAUCUUUGUUUGGAGCAUCCAUGACUGGAAUAGCCUACUCUCUCUUUGGUGGACAGCCUCUUACUAUUCUAGGCAGCACAGGGCCAGUGCUGGUGUUUGAAAAGAUAUUAUUUAAAUUUUGCAAAGAAUAUGGGUUAUCAUACCUUUCUUUGAGAGCUAGCAUUGGACUAUGGACUGCAACACUAUGUAUCAUCCUUGUUGCAACUGAUGCAAGCUCCCUAGUCUGUUACAUUACCCGGUUUACUGAAGAAGCAUUUGCUUCUCUUAUCUGCAUCAUUUUCAUUUAUGAGGCCUUAGAGAAGCUAUUUCAUCUCGGUGAGACGUAUCCAAUCAACAUGCAUAAUGAUUUGGAACUGCUGACUAAAUACUCAUGUAGUUGUGUGGAGCCACAUAAUCCUAGCAAUAAGACCUUGCAAUAUUGGAAUGACCACAAUAUCUCUGCAUCGGACAUACCUUGGGGAAACCUAACAGUGUCAGAAUGUGGGACGUUUCAUGGGGAGUACGUUGGACGAGCCUGUGGACAUCAUGGCCCUUACGUUCCAGAUGUUCUCUUCUGGUCAGUCAUCCUGUUCUUUUCUACAGUAACACUAUCAUCCACGCUGAAGCAGUUCAAGACUAGCCGAUAUUUUCCAACAAAGGUGCGAUCUAUAGUCAGUGACUUCGCUGUCUUUCUCACUAUUAUGUCCAUGGUUUUAAUUGACUACGCCCUGGGGAUUCCGUCUCCAAAGCUUCAGGUUCCAAAUGCAUUCAAGCCCACCAGAGAUGAUCGUGGCUGGUUUGUCUCUCCUCUGGGGCCUAAUCCUUGGUGGACCAUUUUAGCUGCCAUAAUUCCAGCUCUGCUUUGUACUAUCCUUAUCUUUAUGGACCAGCAGAUUACAGCUGUUAUUAUCAACAGAAAAGAACACAAGCUAAAGAAAGGGUGUGGAUACCAUCUCGACUUGUUGAUGGUGGCACUCAUGCUUGGAGUGUGCUCUAUUAUGGGAUUACCAUGGUUUGUUGCUGCCACCGUCCUUUCUAUUUCCCAUGUGAAUAGCUUGAAACUGGAAUCGGAGUGCUCUGCUCCAGGAGAGCAGCCGAAAUUUCUUGGAAUACGGGAACAAAGAGUUACAGGGCUCAUGAUCUUUGUCCUAAUGGGCUCAUCUGUCUUUUUGACAAGUGUUCUUAAGUUUAUUCCUAUGCCAGUACUCUAUGGGGUAUUUCUUUACAUGGGUGCUUCAUCUCUAAAGGGAAUUCAGCUUUUUGAUAGAAUAAAGUUAUUUUGGAUGCCUGCAAAGCAUCAACCAGAUUUUAUUUAUCUGAGGCAUGUUCCUCUUCGAAAAGUCCAUCUCUUCACCAUAAUUCAGCUGAGCUGUCUUGUACUCCUGUGGGUUAUAAAGGUUUCAAGAGCUGCCAUUGUCUUUCCAAUGAUGGUUUUAGCUUUGGUGUUUGUCAGAAAACUCAUGGAUUUAUUUUUUACCAAACGGGAGCUAAGCUGGUUGGAUGAUUUGAUGCCUGAGAGCAAGAAAAAGAAACUGGAAGAUGCAGAAAAAGAGGAAGAACAAAGUAUGUUAGCAAUGGAAGAGGAGGGCACUGUUCAGUUACCACUUGAAGGUCAUUACAGAGAUGAUCCAUCUGUAAUAAAUAUUUCUGAUGAAAUGGCAAAAACUGCCGUAUGGAAGACAUUGCUGAUAUCCUCAGAGAAUGCAAAGGAUAAGGAGUCAAGCUUUCCUUCUAAAAGCUCCCCUUCCUAAUCACUCUAGAAGCUGAUUCCCCAAAGUGCUGAAAGCAGAAGAGAGAAGAAAGCUGACUCAGGGAAAGGUGUUGACCGGGAGACUUGUCUAUGACUUGUUCUUCAAUUUAUUUUUACAAACAAAUGAAAGGAGUGCCACAAUCAUUAAUAUAACUGAUUUUAUCAUAUAUUGUAAACUUUGUCUUUCAUCCCAAACUAGCACAGGUAAUGUAAGUAGUGCAAUAUUUAUUUCAUUUUCUUCUAAAUGUCUACACCAUCAGAUAUCUGUGCAAAAAUCUACUGUACCCAAUGCAAGAAUCUUCACUUUCCUUGCUAUGUGUUAGUCAUUUGUUAAUACUGAAUUCAUCUCAACAAUUUAGUAAGCAUAGUUUCUUUCAAAUUUAACUUAGUAGCUUUGUACUGUAUUUUUCUACUUCACCUGUGUGAGAAUCCCUAAUAAUUUCAUUCAAGACAAACUUGAAACAUAGUCCCAUUUCUUUUUUAGCUCUAGCCAAUUAUUUCAAGAGACCCAAAUUAAAUAAUUAAUGACUGACCUGAUCCUGCAAACCCUAUAUCGCUAGAAUAAUCCUUACCCAUGUGAACUUUCCCACUGAACUCGAGGGUUACUCUUGCACUAAGAGCACUGGUAUCAGACCUAAUAUUUAUGCAGUUUUCCUUGAAUUAAUACAAAAUAUUUAAUAUUCAAAUUUGUAUGUAACUGGAACAUAAAAUCACAUAUCUAAUAUAUAAAACAUUCUCUUACCUUGUUAAAAAAGAGAUAUCCAUUGAUGUGAAAUAUUCAUAUGGUAUUUGCUAAAAAUGCAAGCUGUGAUUACAGUGUCUUGUACUGUACUGAAUGUUGCAGUGGUAGGUCAUUAACAGCUGCAUUAUGAUGUUAAUGAACCCAGUAUUUUAUAAUACUAGUGGGAAUUUUGUAGAUAUAAAUCUUUACCAGACAUAUGCAGUUAUGUUGCCCUCCUAGUGAUGAUCUGUUUUCUGUUUAAUUGCCUAAAAUCUUUAAACGCCACCAAUAAAA